AUGUUCCAAAGAACGAGAGUGCUGCUCGGAGGUUUAGUUUGGAAGCAAAAGAGAUUCAAUCAACUUCGUAAAAGAAGAGCUAGAGAAUAUCAAAAUAGAGUGAUGGAUGUAGAGAACUCACUUAAAUAUCCCUACGCUGAGCUCUCUGCUCCAGCAGGUGCAACCUCUCCUCUCGCUAACUUUGACAUUAACAAUUCGAACCAAAUCAAUGAAGUGAUUCAACGUGUUCAAAAAGCAACUCAAUCACCAAUCAGUCAUUUAGCUUCUGUCUUUCCUCGUAAAUAA